AUGUUGGCAGUAUGGCUGGUCGCGGCAUGGAUCCUCUUGAUCCUGCCAUGGCCUUUUAUUCGCUAUCUUCAAGAUCCCAAAGGAUUACGCAAGUAUCCUAGCCAAAACAUCUUCUCGGGCCUAACGGGUUUGGCCUAUGGCUGGGAGGUGGGACGCCGUCAUCGCGUGUUCCACACUCGCCGGCCGCACGAGCAGCUCGUCAGAGAUCCCGUGGUCCGCAUUGGGCCCGGCUGGUUGAUGCAGGGGACCGACCUAACUCUGGUCACGCGUCCGGAUGGCCUAAAGGAGUAUGCUAACAUCAUCGAUUGCAUGCACAGCAGUUCACGCGCCAACGCUACCCUAGUGUGGGACGCGGCCAGCUUCCCUAUGAUGAAGAAAUUGACCAACUUCCUGUCUCCGUGGUACGCGAGCCAGUGGCACAACGCCUCCAACUGGGCCGCCUACAUUGAUCAGAUCACAGCGGAACGUGUAGAACGCGGGGAGAAGGGCGAGGGCUUUCACGAUCUCUCUCUGUCAGCUCAUGAUCAGGGAUAG